GCGGCGGCGGCGGCGGCGGCGGGGGGCCUGUCCUGCCCCGGGCCUGCCCUGCCCGCGGCCUGCGCGGCGGCCAUGGAGCUGGAGGUGCCCGAGGAGGCGGAAGGCUCGGCCGUGGCGGGGGCCGGCGCCAUCACCCCGGAGGCCGGCGUGGGGGGACUGGACGCGGCAGGAGGUCUGGCACCGAAGAAGGCAGCCGUCACUGAGGGACCGUCGUUACCAGGACAGCCCGGCCAAGGGAAGAAGAUAGGUCAUCGAGGCGUUGAUGCAUCUGGUGAAACCACCUACAAAAAGACCACCUCGUCCACUCUGAAGGGGGCCAUCCAGCUAGGGAUUGGAUAUACUGUCGGCAAUCUGAGCUCCAAGCCAGAGAGAGAUGUCCUGAUGCAGGACUUCUACGUGGUGGAGAGCAUUUUUUUCCCGAGCGAAGGCAGUAACCUCACCCCGGCUCACCAUUACGCUGACUUCAGGUUCAAGACUUACGCGCCAGUGGCUUUUCGGUACUUCCGAGAACUCUUUGGGAUUCGUCCAGAUGAUUAUUUGUAUUCGUUAUGUAACGAGCCUCUGAUAGAGCUGUCGAACCCUGGUGCCAGCGGCUCCCUCUUCUAUGUCACCAGCGACGAUGAAUUCAUCAUAAAAACUGUGAUGCACAAGGAAGCUGAAUUUCUACAGAAGCUCCUUCCUGGCUACUACAUGAAUCUGAACCAGAACCCACGCACUCUGCUGCCGAAGUUUUACGGACUGUAUUGUGUGCAAUCGGGGGGCAAAAACAUCCGCGUGGUCGUGAUGAACAACAUUCUGCCUCGCGUGGUGAAAAUGCACCUGAAAUUUGACCUGAAAGGCUCAACCUAUAAACGCCGGGCAUCCAAGAAGGAAAAAGAAAAGUCCAGCCCUACGUACAAGGAUCUAGACUUCAUACAAGACAUGCCCGAGGGCCUGAUGUUGGAUGCAGACACUUUCAGUGCAUUGGUGAAAACGUUGCAACGAGACUGUCUGGUGUUGGAAAGUUUUAAAAUCAUGGACUACAGCCUCCUGCUCGGGGUUCAUAACAUAGACCAGCAAGAACGGGAGCGACAGUCUGAGGGAGCCCACAGCACGUCGGAUGAGAAGCGUCCCGUGGGGCAGAAGGCACUUUACUCCACGGCCAUGGAGUCCAUCCAGGGUGGGGCCGCCCGGGGGGAGUCCAUAGACACAGACGACACGAUGGGAGGAAUCCCAGCCGUGAACGGCAAAGGAGAGCGUCUCCUGCUACACGUAGGGAUAAUAGAUAUCCUUCAGUCGUACAGGUUCAUCAAGAAGCUAGAACAUACCUGGAAGGCCCUUGUCCAUGACGGGGACACGGUGUCAGUACACAGACCCAGCUUUUAUGCAGAGAGAUUCUUCAAAUUCAUGACCAACACGGUGUUUCGAAAGAAUUCCUCUCUGAAGUCAUCUCCCUCAAAGAAAGGGCGUAGUGCCUUGCUCGCUGUCAAGACGGCUGGUCCAACAGCAGCGUUCUCAGCCAGCCAGCUCCCCUCUGAAAAGGACGAAACGCAGUAUGAUCUCCGUGCGGCCAGGAGUUACCCCACGCUUGACGAUGAAGGUGCUAAACUUAACCAGGACAGGGGAGAAGGCAGGCCAGACCUGCUGCCCUGCACACCUCCUUCCUUUGAAGAAGCUACUACGGCCUCCAUAGCCACGACACUAUCUUCAACAUCUCUCUCUGUUCCUGAGCGAUCCCCUUCGGAGACCUCUGAGCAGCCCAGGUACAGGAGGCGCACACACUCCUCAGGGCAGGAUGGCAGGUCACACGAGGAGGUGCGGGUUGAGGAGGAGCUGCAGCAGAUCAGUGUCGAGCUGGAGCCCAAGUGUGACGUUGAGAUCGUCGCUCCCAAAGAAGAUGACAAAGAAGAGGCGGCUUCUUCAGCCUGUGCCGUUGUAACGUCAGCAGCUACGAUAGAGGUGGAGACAGCCAGCCAGGCCUCCGAACCAGCCAGCCAGGCCUCCGAUGAAGAUGACGUGCCAGUCACAGACAUAUACUUUCCGACAGACGAGAGGAGUUGGGUUUACUCCCCGCUCCACUAUAGCGCUCAACUCCACUCUGUCUCCGAUGAGGAGAGCGAUACAUAAUCUCUAUGCAGACACAGAAGCCCCAGAGAGCAGCGAUUCCCUCUGCAGGUCGAUGUGUUCCCUUUUCGUUGAUGCAGCCGUUCCAGUGGGAUGGGGAAGAGCUUGCUGACACCAGUAUUGCUGCACUGCAGGAUCCCGGGCACUGCAUUUCAGAACGGAGCAAAACUAUAACCGUUUAUUUCUACUUAUCCCAGACGUGGGCAGCAGAGAAACCACCCGCUCACCCGCAGCUCCCAACGGAGACAUCCAGCUGGGUGUAGAGAAUCCUGGGUAGUAACACAGUGUUUUCCAGACGUGCACUACCGUAGCUACCUAUCCAUGUGUGAUACUGUGAACCUUUUUAAUUUUUUAAUCAUGUAUUUAUUUCUUUUAUCUUUGCACAGAGACAGCACAAAUGUGCUUUUUUAAACAUUUAGUUUACUGCACUUUUUUUUUUUUUUUGGUCAUAUUAUUUGUGCAUCAGAAAGGAGUGUGAGACCUCACUGGAGAAUUGGUAGGAGCACGUUGCUGGGGAGGGCAGGGACCGGAGUGGCUUCGUUCGAGGCAGCAGCGUGGUCUAACCAACUGAUGGAGUCAGGAGGUUUAAGGCUGUCCAGGCUCUGCCACGGUUUUGCUGAGUGACCUAAAGCAAGUCACUUAACCACUCUGUGCCUCGGUUUCCCCCGUGCUAAUGGGUGUACAGUACCCACUUCCGUUAAAGCACUUAAACCCUGGGAUGAAAGGUGCUAUGUAAAUGCAAUGUAUUAAAGGCCAUUGAAUAGAAUUGCUCCCAUGUUACAGUAGUCCAAAGUAGCCAUGGCAAUUUACUUGGAUUCAAAAAAUCGCUAGUGACUUCUCUUGAUCUGUAACACUGUGCGGGGGAAGCAAACGAUUCCUGGCGACAGUGACGUGGUCACCUCGGCUCUCCUCCGGACGUUGCAAUGGGUUCUGCCUUCACCGUGUACUGCACUGCUGCGUCACCCCGUCCCUCUGUGCUUGGAGUCCACGCUUCGUCUUACCGGCUGUCGCACCGCCACCUGCUCCAGACACACCGGCACGGACAGACGAGAACUGUGCGCCUCCAGGGACCAGCCGCGCUGGAGUGCGAGUUCCCCGCUCUGCCUGGCCCCACGUGUGGCUUCUCCGGACACUUGCGUCCUCCUGGAGCCACUCAGCACCUCGCAUGCUCAUGGGUGUAUCCGACCCCCCAGUCCUCGGGGGCCGCGAACAUUGGGUUCACACGUAUCCUCCGUACCUCAGGGCAGUCAGGGAGGCGCGUGCACAUCCGCACACACUGGAGGCAGAAAUGGAAGUCUGGCUCUGCCACCUAACUCUCCCAGGCAGCGUUGCGUUCACGGACUCUGUUGGACAAAAAGCUGGGUGCCUGGGAUGUUGCCUGUGGUAACAUCUGCUUUUGGAAAUCGCUGCUUCGGAUGUCUGAGUUUGCUUUUCGAGGGCUGCAGGCUUUAGGCGAGGGGGUUUGGUGUCACUGGGUAGUGUUCAGACUAGGCUCGUCCACCUGUCAGCAGGACACAUGCCAUAGCAUUGUCUUGAACUCGAGCAAUCCCAUCUUCUUCUCCCGGAGAGAAGAAAGGAAAUCCUUUAGACCAGAGGGAGCCAGGUCUUGUUCAUGUUUUUUGUGAGCCUCACUUGAGAAAGAGGAUCAAAAUCUCUUUAUUCUCAUCACAAUCUCCAGACUGUCCUUGGGAUUCCUGGUAGAGGAGUGGGGAAGCGGGACCCUUCUCUCAGGGCUCAGCCCCUCCAAUCUGUCUUCACAGCAGCACUCGGGAUGGGUUCAUUCAGGUCCCAGAAGGUAACUGGGCUGGCAGGAAGCUCUUCCCCUCUGCAAUGUGCUAAACUUGGUGAGGAUCUUCAUGAACUGACAUUUUCUUGCCUAGAAGUACGGGACCCAGCCUUCCCCCCCCUUGCCUGCAGACGCCGAAGGCUGUAAGGUGUGCUUCUCUGGAGAGCACAGGCUGGGGAGCCUGCAAGCUGCUGCCCUUAGGUGUGUUCACGUAUUUACCAAAUAACCUAUCAAAAGUCUUAAACUCUCCCCUUUCAGUCGCUCCGUGACAGCUCGUUCACCCAGCUAGUAGCAGCGCUCCGUGCCAGCCCCUGCAGCGGGCUGGGAAUCGGCUCCUGACCCACCCCGUGGUGCCAGUCCCGGCCGGGCCCCGCGGGCUGCGGGGGCUGAGCGCUGUGGCGGAGGGGAGCCGGGAAGAGUGCAAUACCCACAGACCAACAGCCUGCCUCUGGGCUGGAAGCAAGAGGCUUCAAAAUGCUGAAAAUUCAGCCUUUGGGGUUUUUUUUCCUCCGCAAGCAUAGAGAGGCUGGAGGGAGCCGCAUCCCUUCCGCAUCUUCAGAUGCGGCUCUUGGGUGCUGCGCUGGAGGAACGUAGCUCUGGGGAGAAACCAGCUGCCCUGGUACCACCUUGUUGGUGGGCUGGUGGGUUUAGCCUCGCCAGGACUGUCCAGCCCACUGCAAUCAAGCAUCUCGUUUAAGAUUGUUUAAGCAUCAUUGACGGGAGAUUUUAUUCUUUCCCCUCAUUUUGGGGGUCUCUAAAGCUACGUAGCCUCUGCGCAGGGAGCGUCUGAGCCCCACCUUCACGCAGUAUCUCAGUGGAUGAACUUUGCAAGCUGGAGCUGUGCUUGGUCGCAAGAGAUGGGGGGGGAACCCCGACCUUUUGCAGCAUAUUCAUUCCGCGUCUUGCCUCAAGCGUUCGGGCUUUUUGAGACAAUCCUUGCGCAGUUCUGUAACGCCGAACCUUUUGGAGCGAGCAGGUCUGGACGCGGAGGACCAGAGCUGCGAGGGGACGUGCAAAGGGCUUAGAGCAAUGUUGUCAUCGUGAGGGGACGGAAGGAACCUUACUUUAGGGAGACAUUGAUCUGAAAUGGAAACUGCCCCUUUCCGGGCUCGCACGCGCUCCCUGCUGUGGGUCGGGUUAGCUCGGUGCUGGAGAACUGCUCAGCCUCCCCUUGCCUUGGAGGCUAAAAGGAACCUGGAGGUUAAGGCUGGCUCUCAGCCCACCUCCGCGCUGCGGCGUGAGCGUGGCGGGGAGCUCUGGAGCAUUUCCCAAGCGCUGUCAGCGCCGCCAUCGCAGGACGCGCAGUCAGAGGAGGGCAGGACUAGGUCUCGCCCACAGGAAAGAGCAUCGGCCCUUUUUUGGGGAGGAAAACCACCACCCCGUCCUUGGUCUGGAUGUCCCUCCUGCUCAUCUGGGACUCCAGCUGCCUGUUCUUUCUCUGCCAGGGCUUUCUGUAGUGGCCCAGCAGCUCAGCGCAGGGGCUGUCCCCGCUGUAACCUCCGUGCUCUCUCCGUCGCUGAAAGGAGUGUUUCUUUUACUCCUCCGGGAUCUGAGCGGAGCAGCCCCGUGAGACAGCCGGUUUCCACGCAGCCGCGUGCCACCGCUCUCCUUCAUCCCCAUAUCCUCCCCACUGGAAUGCCCGGAAUGUUCCCUGGUGCUCAGGCUGCUGGUGAACUUUCAGCUCGGGCUCUUGCCAAACUGCAGGUGGCUUCUGCCCGCCAGGUAUGGCCCGGCAAGAGGAAACCGGCAUCUCUUUGUGCGCGCCAUCGAGCUCCUGUAAAGGCUCUUCGCAGGCAGGUGUAGAGCAGAGAGGAUGGUGUAGAGCCCUUGAAUGCUCACGCGAGGGAUCCAGCUUUUGGCUGCCGUUGCCUCUGCGGCGAGAGGCUCGGCCAUACGUGCCGAAAUCGCGCUUCGGGAAGUUUUUUAGCCCCUUGUAGGUCUCGCCCCGGGCUCCCACCACCCGGCCUUCCCCCUCCGCUCGCCCCCAGCCACGAAGGGCGAGGCGAAAGCCAGGCCUCAGGCGUACCGGGCUCCUGUCUGACCUCCCUUCAUCCGUGUCUCCAUCAGCCCCGGCUCCGUUCUAUCGGGAUGUUCAUAUUCCCACUCGUUUUCUGUGUCCGCUCCGUGCGCGCACCAUGUAACGAAUGUAUGUAAGUAGGGGGGGGGGUGGGAAUGCAGGGAUGUGAUGCCAUGGGUGUUGUCACGUUUCUCUUCAUUUUGGGUGGGGUUUAAGUCAUGAGCGCUUUAUUUUUCUUUUUUUUUUUUUUU